CUUUUUUUAUCAUUAUUCCAACCUCCACAUAACCUCCUCAACCUCCAACUGUAUCUUCGCUUCUCGAAACCGGAAAAAGAAAAAGAAAAGAAAAGAUGACUUGUUCUUCCACCACCACCGUCUCCAAAUGCACUGUCUACCCUAGCCAGCCAACUGUAUCUUCUCUUCUCGAAAAUGGAAAAACAAAAAGAAAAGAAAAGAUGCCUUGUUCUUCCACCACCACCGUCUCCAAAUGCACUGUCUACCCUAGCCAGCCCUCCUCCCUGGAAUCCCUCAAGCUCUCCGUCUCCGACCUCCCCAUGCUCUCUUGCCACUACAUCCAAAAGGGCAUCCUCCUCCCUCCCCCUCCUUUCUCCUUCCCUGACCUUCUCCUCUCUCUUAAGCGCUCUCUUUCUAUUACUCUCUCCUUUUUCCCUCCCCUUGCCGGUCGUCUUUUCACCGAUUCCGACGGGUAUGUCCAUAUUCAAUGCAACGACGCCGGCGUCGAAUUCAUCCAUGCCUCCGCCAAACACCUUGCCACUCACUCCAUCCUUUACUCUCCCACACUCACUGACGUCCCUGGCUGCUUCAAGGAGUUCUUCGCUCACAGCAAGACUAUCUCCUACACUGGACACACUCUCCCCCUCGUCGCCGUCCAAGUCACUGAGCUUGCUGAUGCGGUUUUCAUCGGAUGCACUGUUAAUCAUGCCAUCGUCGACGGCAAUUCCCUCUGGCAUUUCUUCAACACCUUCGCUGAGAUCUGCAGAGGAGCGAAAAUUUCCAAAUUCCCCGAAUUCACUCGAGAUACCGUUUUCAACUCCUCCGCCGUGCUUAAAGUCCCCGCCGGCGGCCCCAAGGUCACCUUCGACGACGAACAGCCGCUGAGGGAAAGAGUAUUCCAUUUCAGCAGGGAGGCAAUUCAAAAACUUAAGCUCACAGCUAAUCAGUAUGGCGGGAACGGUGUCACGGAUUCUACAGAGUUCGUUGAAAAGAAAGUUAACGGGGAGAUAACGACCGUCACGGCGAACGGGACCGCCCACAAGACGGAAGAGAUUUCGUCGUUUCAAUCAUUAUCAGCACAGCUGUGGCGUUCGGUGACACGUGCGAGGAAGUUGGACCCACGCAAAAUGUCGACGUUUCGCAUGGCGGUGAACUGCCGCCGACGUCUGGAGCCGAAGAUGGACGCUUAUUACUUCGGGAACGCGAUACAGAGCAUCCCGACCGUUGCCGAAGUCGGGGAGAUUCUGUCUCGGGAUCUACGGUGGUGUGCGGAUCUGCUGCAUAAAAACGUCGUCGCACAUGACGACGCAACGGUGCGGCGCGGCAUAGAGGAUUGGGAGAAGUCCCCCAGGCUGUUUCCCCUUGGUAACUUCGACGGCGCUUCGAUAACCAUGGGUAGCUCUCCGCGUUUCCCCAUGUACGACAAUGACUUUGGGUGGGGCCGACCGUUAGCGAUUCGGAGCGGGAAGGCCAACAAAUUUGACGGUAAGAUCUCUGCGUUUCCGGGGAGGGAAGGAAACGGGAGCGUUGACUUGGAAGUCGUUUUGGCGCCAGAAACGAUGGCGGGGCUCGAAAACGACAUGGAGUUCAUGCAGUACGUAACGUGAACGGCGUGAGCGGUUACAGCUUAGUUAAUCUCGGAAAUACGACAAAAUGAAUGGCAUCGGAGGAUGAUACGACGACGUUCGCUUUUGUGAUGGAUGGGAUGGUGGGACCAUGUUAUGAAUGUAUGGAAAAUGUGCCCUUUGCACAUUCGUAAAAGGAAAAAGGCGCUCAUUUUUCAAAAGGAGAAUUGGCCGUUGGGGAUCAAUGUCCUCAUCAUCGACUAGAUAAAACUUUUUAAUGC